GUCAUUAGGUCGCAAUUAGUUCCCCAUCGAGCAGUUUCUACGCGAUCGCAGACGACGCAGUUCUCGGCAACGUCGGCCGCUUCUCUCCAUUCCCCCGACCAGACGCUGCUCUACACGGCUGCUGUAGUCUCCGACAGCCGCUGUUCUUCUUCUUCUUCUUCUUCUUCCUCUUCCUCUCCGCAAAAGAUGGAGUUCCCUUACCUCGAGGCUGUCCUAGGCUUUAUGAUCUGUAUGUAUAUCUUUGAAACAUACUUAGAUAUUCGGCAACAUGCAGCUCUUAAACUACCCAACUUACCUAAGCCGCUGCUGGGAGUAAUUAGUGAUGAAAAAUUUGAAAGAGCUCGAGCUUAUAGCAUUGAUAAAAGCUACUUUCACUUUGUUCAUGAAGCUGUGACCAUAGUGAUGGACACUGCAAUUCUAUACUAUAAAAUAUUACCUUGGUUUUGGAAGCUAUCUGGGAACUUUGCUUUGUACAUCGGUUUAAAUCCAAAGAAUGAAAUCAUACAUACAUUGUCAUUUCUGGCUGGUGUUAUGGUUUGGUCACAGAUAACUGAUUUGCCAUUUUCGCUUUAUUCUACAUUUGUGAUUGAGGCACGACAUGGGUUUAACAAGCAAUCACUACGGCUUUUUCUGAUGGACAUGUUUAAGGGAAUUUGCAUCUCUAUCUUCCUUGGCCCACCAAUUGUUGCAGCAAUUAUAGUCAUAGUCCAGAAAGGAGGUCCAUACCUGGCAAUAUAUCUUUGGGUUUUCAUCCUUGUUCUUUGCCUCGCGAUGAUGACAGUGUAUCCCAUUUUAAUAGCGCCUCUGUUUAAUAAGUUCACUCCUCUUCCCGCUGGAGAGCUGAGGGAGAAAAUAGAAAAGCUUGCUGCUUCACUGAAGUUCCCUUUGAAGAAGCUCUUUGUUGUUGAUGGAUCGACAAGGUCUAAACAUAGCAAUGCUUAUAUGUAUGGAUUUUUAAAGAAUAAACGUAUUGUUCUCUAUGACACCUUGAUCCAACAGUGCAAAGAUGAAGAGGAAGUUGUUGCAGUUAUUGCCCAUGAACUUGGACAUUGGAAACUCAAUCACACAAUGUAUUCUUUCAUUGCUGUUCAGAUUCUCACACUUUUGCAAUUUGGAGGAUACACUCUUGUGAGGAACUCAAAAGAUCUUUUUGAAAGUUUUGGCUUUGAUACUCAGCCAAUACUUAUUGGUCUCAUAAUAUUUCAGCAUACUGUUAUACCCCUCCAGCACCUUCUGAACUUUGGUCUCAAUCUUGUAAGCCGGACAUUCGAAUUUCAGGCUGAUGCUUUUGCCAAGAAACUAGGUUAUGCCAAACCGCUUCGUGCAGGCCUUGUCAAAUUGCAAGAGGAGAACCUUUCUGCCAUGAACACUGAUCCAUGGUAUUCAGCAUACCAUUACUCCCAUCCACCUCUUGUUGAAAGAUUAGCUGCAAUCGAAGAACCUGAGACAGCUAAGAAAGAGGACUAGUGCGAAUGCGUAUUGCUCUUAGAACAUGAAAAGUUUUGGCCAUCUGGUUCAAUCGGUUUACAUGGAUGAUAUAGAUUGCUGUUAUGUGCAAUGGUAGACCGUAUUUCUUCAAGUCUUCUCGUGUAGUAGAUGUUGGUCCAAACAAGUCUUCUCGUGUUAGUUAUCGACGCUGUUUGUUUCCUAGAAUUAGGAUUGUUAUAUGUGAAUUUGCAAAUCUUUCUACUCCUUUAGGAUGACACAUAGUGAAAGAUGUACUUGCAGAUUAAUUGGGCAUAUUUUGAACUGUCUUA